CAUCUGUGACGUGAGGACAGCUGGAAAAAGAGGAAUGUUGGUAGACUCCUACAGAAUGACUGCUAUCUGGCAUGGAGAUGUCAAAGGCCUAAAGAAGGUCAACCCUAUGGACUUUGAAGUCAUGGUGGGAGCUAGUGAUGGGAGUAUCGAUACCAUGGUAUCGAUACCCGUAUGUCACCCAUUUUGGUAUCGACUACUCCAUUAAAGUAUCGAUUACUAAUUAAUAAAUGCGAAAUAAAAGUGUGUGUCUCAAUUCUAGAUAUUUUUAGAUGACUUACUCCAGUGUUCUGUACCGAAACACCCCCCAGCCCGCAGCAUAUUGAACUGGUCCAUCAGUCACGUGACCAGAAGAGCCGCCAGUUGUGUGUGUUUACCCUGUUAGCAACAACACGGCACGGCAUGGACGGGUGAAUUUGAAAAAUCGGAGAAAUGGCCACCAAAAAGAAGCGUUGUAUGGACAUAUUUUUCGCCAGCUGAUAAAACUUCAGCCAGGUGUGAAGUGUGUCACAAGAGAGUUCAACACAGCAGCAACACGAGCAAUCUGUUCAAACACCUGAAGUGUGUGCAUCCAGAGGCUCAUGCCGAAGCUGAGAAAAGGCAAGAAGACGCAGAGCAGAACGCGGCACCUGCACCCAUCAGGCAAACAACUUUGAAAGAAAGUUUUAAAAAAGGCAAAGUCUAUCCAGAUGACUCACAUAGAGCCCAGGAGAUCACCAGGAGCCUUGCUCAGAUGAUUGCAAAAGACUUGCAACCCAUUUCAGUUGUUGAGGAUCCAGGUUUCUGUCAUUUUAUGAAGAUGGUGGAUCCCCAGUACCAGAUCCCAAGUAGGAAAUCACUGGUGACAGAUGUACUUCCAAAACUAUAUGCACAAGUACGAGAAACAUUGAAAGACUCCAUACAGUCAGCAAGCAGUCUGGCUUUAACAUGUGAUAUGUGAACUGCAAGAACAACUGAAUCUUAUUUGACUGUGACAGGACACUUUACUGACAAGGCUGGCAGAUGCAGUCCUGCAAUCUUGCAACAAUCCAUGUAGCUGUACAGCACACAGCAGACAACAUUUCUGAGCUCCUCGUGAAAAUCACUGAUGACUGGGACAUUACUAGUAAAGUUCAUACUGUUGUGACAGACAGUGGGGCUAAUAUGGUGUCUGCUGUGUGGAAAACUUACUGGAAGCACAUUCCAUGUUUUGCACACACACUCAACCUCAUUGUAAAGGCAGACACAAGUCUUGAGUCCAUCUUGGAGAAAUGUGGUGCUGUUGUUCGGUUCUUCCACCACAGCACCAAAGCGACUGACAAACUGAAAGAGGUACAAAGUCAGUUACAGUUGCCACAGCACAGACUAAUGCAAGCAGUGGAUACACGGUGGAAUUCUGUGCUGUACAUGCUGGAGACACUGUAUGAACAGCAAGAAGCCAUCACAACUGCACUUUGUCUACUUGGAAGAAACAGCUUGUGCCUGAAUGGGGAAGAGUGGUCCCACAUUACCCAGGCCAUUGAAGCACUAAGACCUUUUGAAGAGGCCACUAAGGAGGUUUCAGCAGAGCAGUAUGUAACUAUUUCCAAAGUCAUCACACUGGUCUGUCUUCUUCAACGUUCUGCAGGGCAGAAGGAUAACACUCUGGCUUCACAACUUGCAGCACAAUGCCAGCGGCGCUUUCAAAACAUUGAACACAGCCACACUAUUGCAGCAAGCACCUUUUUGGACAUCAGGUUCAAAAACAUUGCCUUCUGUGACAUCGGAAAUGUGGAAACAAUUAAAUCAAGAAUCAUCAGUGAUAUGCAAGGCAUGGGCUGCAGUGAGAGAGAGAUGUCCAGCAGUGAAGCCUCAACAUCUGCAUCUGUUACUGCAUCAACAUCAGCAGAGUGUUCAGCUUCCCAGGGAGGAUUGUGGCAGGAGUGUGACACUCGGGUUUUGGCUUCUCAGAGCAAUCGCACAGCAAACACAGAUACAUACAUUGAAAUGCGCAGAUACAUGGAAGAAAAAGUGAUCCCAAGGAAUGAGGACCCUUUGCUUUGGUGGAAAAAAAAAUGAGAGAGCAUUUCCACAACUGAGCAAAGUGGCAAAGAGAUACCUCGGAUAUGUUGCUACAUCUGUUCCAGCAGAGAGGCUGUUUUCUAAGGCAGGAGAGACAGUUAGCCAGAAGCGCAAUCGCCUCAAACCUGAGAAUGUUAAUAUGUUGCUGUUCAUAAACACCAAUCUGAAGCUGUAAAGACAAGUGUGCACUUUUUUUUUUUGUUUAACAAUUUUAUUUAAUUCAUAUUUAUGUUAUUUAUUAUAUUGUAUUGAUGACAAACAUUUUUGUCAGGAUCAUUUUGUGAAAAUAAUGCUGCUCAGCCAAAAUUCAGAGUAAGUUCAAAUAUGUUUUGUUUUAUUUAAUUCUUCUUUAUUUUAAUUAUUUGUUUAACUUUUGUAUUUUGAACCGUGCACAUGAAAGUUGUUACAUGGCCAGUAUUUGGCGUUAUUUGUUUUUAGGAGAACUAAUAAUAUGAUUGAGAAAAAAAUUCAAUAAGAAAUUACCAGUAAUCGGUAUCGGUAAUUGGUAUCGAAUAUUUUAUGCAAAAAGUAAUCGGUAUCGUAUCGAAUCUUAAAAGUGUGGUAUCGCCCACCACUAGUGGGAGCCAUUUGUGACUGCAGCCAUUGGACACUGGCUGUAAAGGCCCUUGGCUACUUUCACAUUAGACGAACCAUGUUGAUUUUAUUGUUCCUAAUGCAUCUGUUGCUGGUCUGUAUGUUCAAUCUAUUCACAAAUUAAAAGGUCAAUCUUUGCUGA